GCCCGCCCCGCCGGGCCUAAGGGGAGGAACCGGCCGGGCCUUCCCGCGCGGCCCAGGCACCUCCGGAGUCGCCGCCGCUGCCCUGCGUGCCCCGGACCGAGGCUGCCCCUGGUUGCUUCCGCAGACGCCAUGAAGAUUAAAGAUGCCAAGAAACCCUCUUUCCCAUGGUUUGGCAUGGACAUUGGGGGGACUCUAGUAAAGCUCUCAUAUUUUGAACCUAUUGAUAUCACAGCAGAGGAAGAACAAGAAGAAGUUGAGAGCCUAAAAAGUAUCCGGAAAUAUUUGACUUCUAAUGUAGCAUAUGGAUCCACUGGUAUUCGGGAUGUACACCUUGAACUGAAGGAUUUAACACUUUUUGGCCGAAGAGGAAACUUGCACUUUAUCAGAUUUCCAACCCACGACCUGCCUACUUUUAUCCAGAUGGGAAGAGAUAAAAACUUCUCAACAUUACACACGGUGCUAUGUGCUACAGGAGGUGGUGCUUACAAGUUUGAAGAAGAUUUUCGCACAAUUGGAAACCUCCACCUGCACAAACUGGAUGAACUUGACUGCCUUGUAAAGGGCUUGCUGUAUAUAGAUUCUGUCAGUUUCAAUGGACAAGCAGAGUGCUAUUAUUUUGCUAAUGCCUCAGAACCUGAGCGAUGCCAAAAGAUGCCUUUUAACCUGGAUGAUCCCUAUCCACUGCUGAUAGUGAACAUUGGUUCAGGAGUCAGUAUUUUAGCAGUCCAUUCCAAAGACAACUAUAAACGAGUAACCGGGACAAGCCUUGGAGGGGGUACAUUUCUGGGUUUAUGCUGUUUAUUGACUGGCUGUGAAAGUUUUGAAGAGGCUCUUGAAAUGGCAUCCAAAGGUGACAGCACCCAAGCUGACAAACUGGUCCGUGAUAUUUACGGGGGAGAUUAUGAAAGAUUUGGUCUGCCAGGUUGGGCUGUAGCGUCUAGUUUUGGUAAUAUGAUUUAUAAGGAGAAGCGAGAAACUGUCAGUAAAGAAGAUCUAGCAAGAGCUACUUUAGUUACUAUCACCAAUAACAUUGGUUCUGUGGCACGAAUGUGUGCUGUUAAUGAGAAAAUAAACCGAGUUGUCUUUGUUGGAAACUUUUUACGUGUCAAUACUCUCUCAAUGAAACUUUUGGCAUAUGCACUGGAUUAUUGGUCAAAAGGUCAACUGAAAGCAUUGUUUCUAGAGCAUGAGGGAUAUUUUGGAGCUGUUGGUGCACUUCUUGGGCUGCCAAAUUUCAGCUAAAAAGCAUCAGGUUUCUCUCUACUAAUAAAUGUCAUCCAUGAGGAACUGAAAACCAGAGUCAUUGUUACUGCAUUAUUUGUCACUGGGAACCAAAGGAUAACAGAGUAGCACUAUUCCUGUUGAUUUUUAAAUGUCACAGUGGUAAGCUGCUAAAAGUUGCCAUAUUAAAAGAGAGAGCUUGGUAACAUGUGCAGUAUUUCUAAUUGAAAUGCUUUCCCUUCUGUAUAUAUAUAGCCAGUGUUAAAUCCUUAAAUGCAAUACAGCCUCUGAUUAUUGAGCUUCCUCUCAGAAAAUUUUCUAUUUAUUUUAUGUAGCCAACUAUUGCAGUACUGUAUGCUCAAACAAAUCUUAAAGUCUCUGAAAUGUUUAGCUCCUGAAAAUAAUUGGAUCUGAAUAUUUGUUACAAGUGCGUUCUGUGUGUAUUGGUUACUACUAAGUGGAUGGUAACAUACCCUGUAUCAAACUUAUUGAAAUGGCUAUCAAAGAUGAUCAUUUUUUUUUUGAUUUUAGAAAUGUUAAGGCAAUAUUAAUUAUUCAUUCUUGUAGUUUUCUCAACAUUUCCUUCACCAAAAAAGCAUGUUUAUAUGAUAUUUUCCCAGAAGUAUAAACUUUUUCAAAUGCCAUAAUUUAAUUGAAAUACUAUUAUUAAAUAUUAUCCUGAAUUUUAAGAUGAAUCCUAGAAAAUAACAUAAUCGGUGAUAAUUGCACUUUCUGUAUUUUAUGUUAAUCAUUAUACUUGAAAAAUGUUUUGUAUCCUUUAAUUAGAGGCUUAAUUACUUAUUUGAAAGUCCAUUUAAUGAGGUCCUAGGACUAUACUAAUAGAAUAUGGUUUGUGUGCAUUGAUAGAGACCUGUGCUCUUUCUAUACCACAUUUAUCUCGGGCCUGAACGUAGUCAUUUCUGUUUAAUUAGGUCUGAAACUUCAAAACCAGAGACUUUAAUCUAUUAUGAACAGCAACAAGAUCACAUUUAAUCACAUUUAUUCUAAAGAGAUGUUAUGGAAAUCUAAAAGAUGAGUUGUUUUGAAACUGUAGGAGUCUGAGGCAGUAUUGCAGAAUUAGAAAAGGAUCAGUGUUUUAUACAUUCUGGUAAUAAAGGCAUUAUAGUUCCAAAAUUUGUAAAUCCUCUUGCCUUGGAAUUUGUUUUCUGUUUUGAAGUCAUUUUUUAUAAUGUUAUUAAUUUUUUCAGAUUUUUACUUUGACAUUAACGUUUUUGGAGGUCCAGGAGUUCAGCAAAGUUGUUUAAGUCUGUUAAUUAAUUAAUUGGUUUAAGAAGUAGAUUUGGGGAAAAUAUUCACCUCCUUAAAUUACCAGUAAAUGUGGAUGUGCUUUGAAGAGCUUAAAAAUUGUUUACAUUAUAGGAAGAAAGAAGUAUUUAUAUGUUUUUAUGGAACAUAAUUUUUUUCCAUAAAAAACAAUGUGCAGUAGAGGUGCUUGAGACAUUUCUCCUUAUAGUUUUCAAAUUUUGUGCUCAAAUAUUUAAAAUUCAGUUUUAUUUAUUUAAAGACAUGAACAUCUGAAUAAUGAGAGUGAUUUAAUUUAGAGGGAAAAGCAUGUAAGGUAAUUUUUUAGAAUUUAGAAUAUUUGGAACUUUGAAUUCAUGUUAGGUCAGUAAGUCAUUUUGAAAAAUCUACAAUGACUAAAUGUUUCUUACUUUAAUGUUUCCACUGUUGUAGCUAGAUAUUUCUGUUAUUACAAAAAGCCAUGCAUUCAGUUUAUUUUAAAAUUCUGUGAUUUGGACAUUUGUAUAAAAAGUUUUUAUUUUUAAGUGAUAAUUUCAAGUUGUAUACCUAUGGCAAACUAUAUUAACAGCUGUAGAUCUGGGGCUGUCUUUAAGAAAGAAAUGGAAGGGUCAAAGUCCAUGUAAGUUAAGUUGAUCAUUGCUUUUGUUAAUUUGGGACUGUGUUUCAUACUUUUGUCCUUUGAAACUGAAGUUACCUGUUAAAAUGCAUAUACAGUGAACAACCAUUUCACCACUGUUGAUCUUGGCUAUUCUCAUGUAUAAUCAAGAAUUCCUGGAGUAAUAAGCAUGAACACAGAGUUGUGAUAGACUGCCAAGAUUCUAGGUUUUUGUUUUUUUUUUUUUAUAGCCUCACAAAAUUCUUUGUAAGCAUACAGUGGUAAAUAGGUUUAGUUCUAAGCCCAAUCAGCAUAAUGCCUAAAAGCUCUCUUUCUAUUAGACUGUACAGUUUAAGAACAUAAAGUGUAAGCCAUAUGUAAUUUGACAUUUUCUAGUAGGCACAUUUAAAAAGUAAAAAGAAACAGGUGAAAAUCAUUUUGAUUAUAUAUUUCUAUUUAACCCAAUAUGUCUGGUAUGUUACCAUUUCAAUGUAUAAUCACUAUAGAAAGUUAUUUAGGAGAUACCUAUUUUUGUUUGUCUUUAAAACCAGUGUAUAUUUAUACUUAGGGCACACCUCAGUUUAGGCUAACCACAUUCCAAGUUCUCAAGAGCCAAAUUUGGGUAGUGGCUACUGUACUAGACAGUGCAGUUCCAGAGCUAGCUCUUAAAAAUGAACACUCUCAUGUAUCCAUUAAAACUUUAUGAAUAAGGGCUUUUUAAAGAAUGUUUGAGAGGGGAUAUGGGAAAUAUUUUUUUUUAUGGGAGUUUUUUUUUUAAAUACAGAAGGAAGGUAAAUAGCUCAUUUGGGCUAGUUUAUUUUACACAGAUUAGCUGUAUUUCUGGCCAAUUCAAAAAUACCUUACGUUGAAUCCUGCCAUUUCAUCAUAACCGUGUAUCAUUUUUACAGUAAUACUGAUAAAGUUGCCCAAGAACCAUCCUGACUGACCUCAACAGUCUCCAGAAUGUCUUUUUCCUUCACUGAAGCAAAUUUGAUGAUUCCAGUGACUUAAAUCCCCCCAACCUUAUCUUUUUUUUUUUUUAAUAAAUUUUUAUUUAUUUAUGAUAGAGAGAGAGAGAGAAAGAGAGGCAGAGACACAGGCAGAGGGAGAAGCAGGCUCCAUGCACCGGGAGCCCGACGUGGGAUUCGAUCCCGGGUCUUCAGGAUCGCGCCCUGGGCCAAAGGCAGGCGCCAAACCGCUGCACCACCCAGGGAUCCCCCACCAACCUUAUCUAAUUGAACUUUGAGAAGACAAUUUUAGGACUAAAAAGAAGCCCGUUUAAUUCUUCAUUGAGUUUUAUACACACAAGAGAACCUUUAUAAUUUUUGGAUUUAAUUUUCAUUCUUAAAAACUGGUAUUUUCAAAUGCAAAGAGCACUAUCUAUUUGGGGACUUGAUAAAGAACACAAUGUCUAGAACUUUCUGCUACCAAUACCCCCUCUCCCACCAAAAUAUUGCCUUUUAACUAGAGGCAUUUAAAACUAAUGGCUUUUCGUUCUAUACCCAAUUUCUCCAAAGACAUAGUAUUAGACUUGCUUGCUUGUCAACAGGGGCAUUCCUUGCUUAGCUACUCUAAUUUAAAUAGGUGGGCUCUUUGUUUAGGUAAAGUCAGUGCCAUUGCCAAUAACAGACAUGGCCGUUGACAGUCAAAGGAGGUUCAGAUUUUUUGCCAAAUAUUAGACUCUGUAAAGAUUCCCGCAUUUUUUACCUUUGCAUGCAAAUGUGAUUACUGUAUUAUAAGUACUAGUUCCUGAAAGUCCCGUGUCUUUAAGAAAAAUGCAGCUAAAGGGAAAGGUUUUCCUCUAUGUCAGAUGGGAACUCUUGCCUUCUAAGAGCAGUCCAUCACAUCUUGCCUUGAUUUCUAAGGUUGCAUUCUUGGGUGGAAAGCUUAGCAAGGCAAUGAUUUCCAGAUGACCUUUAUAACCACUUUGCUUGUUUUUAUAUGCAAAAAUGUUCAUAUUUUGUAUAGUAUAUCUUUUUUUUUCUGUUGAGCACUUUAUGCUUUUUAGUCCGCUGCAUUUGAGGAUAUAGCUUAGAAAUCCUUUCUUAUUUAAAGCCAUGGAAAAACUCUUAAAGGAUAAUCACCAGAAAAAAAAAUGAGUGUCUAUUAUUUUGCAUUUAACUGAGUUUUGUGGUAUGUAUAAACAAAAUAUUAGAAAUAUAUUGCCUUUUUGUAAUACUCUUUGACCUUAUUUAAGAUGAUUUGCCAGGAAAUGUCAUUGAUGUCCUGUUUUCCUAAUAAGGAAUUCAGCCAACUUUGUUUCUAUCAUCAGAUAACCUCAGAAAAUAAUGUGCUUUAUCUGUAUUACUGCCUAUUUUCAAUAUUUGAGACAGUGGUUGUCUUAUAUUUUCUACUGAGCCUUGUAAUAAAGACCAAAAGAAGUAAUUUUUUUCUUCCUUUAAGGUAUUUUUAAUAGCCUAAUAAAAAUAAUGGUGAUAUAAAAAGUAAAUCGCCCUAGCUUUUUGACCAUAUCUAAAAUUCUGAGUUAUUUCCACUUCUGAAAAGUUCAAAUGUCUUGUCAAAGCAGUCUUUUUUGCUUGUGUUACCUCUUGUGUGUUCAGUGGAUGUAGGAUGGUAAGUUGGCAUUAUUUUAGAAAUUGUGCCAGCCAGUGGUCUAAAUUCUUUGUUACUUUCUUUUGUUACAAUGGGAAAUGACUCAUUUACCAUCAGGAUCCUGAAAAAAGAUAGUUGCUCUAUUCAUGGCAGCAUUUGGAAAGAGUAAAAUAAUUUGUUUAGAUACGUGGUGUCCUGUUUUGAAGUUGAUAUGAUUUAUAUAUGUUGAUAGGCACUAGAUUCUGGAUUCUCACCAAACCAGUAGAAUAAUAUUAGAUAUUCUCUCAUAAUGUUAUGUUCUUGCCUAUACUGGCCAAGUAGAUAGACUUAAAGUAAUAUGAGGGGUUUUAUAUAUAUAUAUAUAGUAAAGUGUGUGCGUGUGUGUGUGUGUGUGUCGGUGUAUGUGUGCGUGCACAUGUGUGCACGCUUUUAUCUGUGGAAGUAUCUGGAAUUUUUAUUGUGUUAACUUUAAAAUUAUGUGGACAUUAUUAUAACUUUUCCAUUGUACAAAAAGGAACAUCCCACUAAAUUCAUGAAUGUUUGAAUAUUAGAUAUAUUUGAGAUUUUUAGUGGCCCUUUUCUUCAAGCUGUUUCUUCUUUCUGGUCAUUGUGAGUAGGAACAGAUGUGGGAUAAACUCUUCCAGGAAUUACUGUUUUUGUCAAACACAAUUCUUAGUGAAAUUUCUAAAACUAUUUUAAUUACCUCCAAGUGAGUUGAAAUAUCAUGUGUUCUAGUCAUUUACAUCAAAUAUGAUGAAGACCUAAAAUACUUUUAUCCUUAGAAUUGUCUGAGAAUAAUGAUUCUGACAUUCCCAGCUUGUUAUUUAAAAUAAAUGUAGCAAUGAGUUGAUACUGAGACUUCAAGUACUACAUAGUGCUGAAUGAUGUGUUUGAGGGGAAAUAAUUUUUUUUUUCCUUAAGAUUUAGAAAUCUUUAUAUGUUGGCUCUUUGUGUAGUUAAGAGAUUAAAAUUUUCAGUCAUUUUGCUGCAGCUGCCACUAAUUUUGUGUUUAAAAGAACUAAUGAAUAUAUUUUUCAAAGGAGUGAAUGAAGUUAAAAUUCAAGGUUUUGAAUUGUAUAAAAUAUGCAACUGAAUUUCAAUUCUAUGAUAUUGCUGAAUUUUUUUUGCUAUUAACAUCUUUUAUUCAUUGCAUUGCUUAUAGUUUCAGUAGCUUUCAAAGAAAACAUUUGAACUUUUACAUAAUUUGUAAAAUAUACAUAAGUAAUGCAAAUAGUUUGGGAUUAUUUUAGCUUUAUGUGUAUCUGAAUCAUGGACAUCAUACAUGGCACAAUCAGUGGUUAUUGCAGAUAUUAAGCCAUUUUGAAAUUUACAACUUUUUUCUGAGGUAUACAACAUUUAGAACAAACACUUAGAAACAAAAGGUAACUGUGUACAACCUAACAUCAAUAUCUUAGUCUCUUUGUCCCAACUCUAAUUAAUGGAAUUAGGAUGUAAGUCUUAAUAAGAAGACGGCUUUAUUAUUUUUUUUACAAAUUGUAUGCUUCCCUUUUUAUUUGAACUAUAUUGAGACUUCCACUUUUUAACUAAAGUAAAUGACAUUUGUCUUAAUUCUGCCCAGUUAUUGACGAAAUCAUAUCUAGAUAUUUGUAUAUUUUAAUUUUACUUAUAUAAGCCAUUUCAGUUUAAGUUGCCUUAUUCUGUCCUUCACAUUCUUCUUGUCAAGUCUAAUAAGCUUUUGUCAUGUUGGAAUUCUUCUAACACUGAAUCUGUGAUGUAAAAAUGUAUGAUGUGCUAUAAAUUUUAUUCAUAAUUAACUUAUAGCCUAUUGUACCUAUAAAGCAUUUCUUGUAAAUUGUCUAGUUUAUUUUUUCAUUUAUGUACAUUUUCUUAUGUAAAUUUUUAAAAUACUUGUGGCCUGUUCUGUAAACAUUCCUGUGCCCUUCUCCUUAAUGCUUAUUUGCAUGAAAGAAACUUAGGUUUUGCUUGUUUAUAUUGGAUGGCCAUUAAGCCAACUUCUGUACUCUCUGCCUUCUUUCCUGUAGUUUAACUUUUUCUAGUUUUGUUCGUAUUCUAAAUAAAUGUUAAAAUCAUUCUUUUUAUUUCCUACUUUCCAAAUAAAUUCUCUAAGUUGUUUAA